CCCCCGCCCAUCACAGCCCCUCGGCCAAUGAGGGCGGCCGCCGCCAGGGCGCGGCGCGGCGGCCCCGUCACGGCGUGACGUCGGCGGUGCCCAUGGCCGAGGGCAGCGCGGGGGGGCCAUGGCCUCGUCGGUGGUGCGGGCCACGGUGCGCGCCGUCAGCAAGAGGAAGCUGCAGGCCACGCGCGCCGCCCUCACGCUGACCCCAUCAGCCGUGCAGAAGAUAAAACAACUUCUUAAAGAUAAACCUGAGCAUGUAGGUGUGAAAGUAGGUGUUCGUACAAGAGGAUGCAAUGGACUCUCUUACACAUUAGAAUAUACAAAGUCUAAAGGAGACUCUGAUGAAGAAGUAGUUCAAGAUGGGGUUAGAGUGUUUAUUGAGAAGAAAGCACAGCUGACACUUCUAGGAACUGAAAUGGACUAUGUAGAAGACAAACUGUCCAGUGAAUUUGUCUUCAAUAAUCCAAACAUCAAAGGAACAUGUGGCUGUGGAGAAAGCUUUAACAUCUGAAACUUAGGACUAAUUUUUUGACUUUGAACAGCACGAAACACUUGCUGUUUUUCUUUCAGAAGCAAAUGAAUUUUCUUCAGGUUCUUAGGCUGUGUCAAGUGUGGAUGCCAUUAAGGAAAAUAAAGUUAAAGCAUGUUGAAAUUCUAAA